AAAUAAUUAAAAGGAAAAUGGAUUACAUACUGAAAGGAUCUCCUGAAUGGGAAACCUUUAUAGAGGAAAUUAUUAGUAUCAAGAACAAGUCCAAUAGACAGGUUCUUUGAGUCAAGUGCUGGAUGCUACUCAAUUAUGAACAGAAAAUAAAGCAUAUUAAGUGUCUACCAGACCAUGAGAAGUAUAUCCUAACCUCUUCUAAGUUCGCAUCCGCUUGGCAAAUUUCUUCACUAGCUUUGGCAUGAAACAAGAUUCAAUAUAAGCCAGAGGGAGAGUACAUCAAGUCACCAUUUCAGGAGAUUAAUGCUAAUGGUGACCCGGUAGGAGGUUCAAAGGAGCAAAUGAGUGCUCUUCCUACAGAUAACACUCCGAAUGGAUAUUCCAACCCUGCUCCUCCAAAUCCUGCUACAGCAAGUGAAGGAGUGGUACAGACUCAAGAAGAACUUAAAGGAAAUCCUGAUGAUGCAAAUCCAUCUAUUUCUGUAGAAGCACUCGAGAGCAAGGUUAAUGUCCUACAGAACAAGAUAGAUAGUCUCAAGGUUCUAUUCACCCAAGUUUUGGAAAGAGUCAAUAUCGUCAACCAAGAGAAUAAUUACUUGAGAAGUGUCAUAAUGCAGAACAAUCAAAUGAAUCAACCAGCUUCUCAGCAUCAUGGAGAAAAUACUUAUCAAAUGCAGAAUGCGGGGACUGUUCUCCCUUCUCUCAAUCAAACAUCUAUUAAUAUUCAAGAUUCAAAUGCAGCAGAACAGAAUCAGCAAUUAAUAGAUACGAUACUCCCAAUAUUCUCUCAGACUGGUUCAGAUCCUAACAGAUCUCAGCUUCCAAUGCCAUUUAAUCCUUCAAAUUUGCCUCAGUAAACUCUUAAAAAUAGUAGUAAAAUUCAUCAUAUUCUUCUCAUUCUCAUCAGAUUCAAACUAUAUAAAAUUCAUAGU